AUGAAGAGGCCCUUAUUUACCUACCAGCUGAAGGAGGAUAAGUUGGACCAGAGGGUGAUUCGAGGACUUACCAGAGAGAUGUCUACCGAAGACAUCAGAGAAGAUCUAGUGAGCCAAGGGAUCGCAGACGCCGAGGUUCAACAGAUAAAGACCAGGAACACCAAGCAGCCGCUACCGCUCUUCCUCGUGAAUUCGCGGAUGGCCGAAAAGCUGCAGGAGAUCCAGAGGCUGGCCAUGCUCACGGUCAGCUUCGAGAAGAAAAAGAGAUCGACCGAGCCCAGCCAAUGCUACCGCUGCUAG